AUGGGCGGACCUUACCCCCCCACGACCGCCCAACUGGGUGGCCGACCAACCGUCGAGGUCGACGUGCCUAUAUGCACCAUCCUACUCGUCGCAUUUCUCAGCUUCGGCAUUUGCCAUAUGGUCCGAUUUCGUCGCAACCUGGCACGAGGCCACAAGUUUAUACCGUCGGGUGCUACGUUUGGCUUUUGCAUGUCGCGUGUCGUCGCCAACGUGAUGCGCAUUGUUUGGGCGUGCUACCCAAACAAUGUCCGAGUGGCCAUUGCGGCUUCCAUUUUCGUGGCAGCCGGGGUAUUGAUUCUCUUCGUACUGAACCUGCUGUUUGCGCAACGCAUGAUGCGAGCCGCCUUUCCGGCCUGGGGCUGGUCACAGCCUGUUUCGUGGACGUACAAGGGCCUCUAUGCGCUGGUCGCCCUGUCGAUCAUCAUGCUCAUCACCGCCAUCGUUCAAAACAUGUAUACGCUCGACCCUAACACGCACCGAAUCGACCGCGAUAUCCAACUCUAUGGAGUGACCUUUUUUGCAAUUGUCUCAUUUCUGCCGCUGCCAAUUGUGAUGCUGGUCUAUAUCUUUGCGGACGAGAACAAAGUCACGCCCUUUGGAUCGGGCUCCUGGCGAGCCAAAGCACUGGUCAUCUUAACCGCCGGCACUCUGCUAUGUUUGGGCGCAUCCUAUCGCGCAGGAACAACAUGGAUGACGCCGCGUCCAGCCAAUGAUCCGCCCGCGUACAUGCACAAAGCCUGCUUCUAUAUCUUCGAUUUCGUGCUUGAUUUAGUGGUCGUGGCCAUCUUCUUCUUCGCCCGCGUGGAUCAACGGUUCUACAUCCCCGAUGGUAGCUCUAAGCUGCGCCACUACCGGGGAGUUUCUUCCACCGAGAAGCUAGAUUCAAAUGAGCGAGAGUUGACCCCGGGGGAUCAAACAGUAUGA